CCCCUCCCCCGUCGCCGCGGGGGGGCCCCCGGUGCCAGCUGCGGAGCCGAACGCUGCGGGUGCGGGAGCUGGGCCUGGGCUACCCCUCCGAGGAGUUGGUUCGGUUCAGCUACUGCUGGGGGGGCUGCCCGAGCCCCCCCACCAACCACGGCCUGGUGCUGGCCAGGCUGGGGGCCCGGGGGGCGCCGGGGGGGGGGCCCUGCUGCCGCCCCUCCCGCUACGAGGACGUCGCCUUCCUGGACGAGGGGCAGCGCUGGCACCGCCUCCGGCAGCUCUCCGCCGCCGCCUGCCGCUGCCUGGGCUGAGACCCCUCCCCAAAUCCCCUCCCCCC